CACUGAGUCACUCGGUCGAACUCGAGCCUCAAAGCCUCCACCCAGCGACUUUGGUUCCAACGGUUAUAGUGAGAAUGGACCGGAAUCAAACGGUUCAGUUCAGAAUCGAGAACGUAGUGAUGCCAUUACUCAGUCCAAUGGACUCACUGUUUACAGGAGGAAUAAACGGUUAAAGAGUUCCAAGUCGGAUGGCGCAGCAGUAAUUUCGGCUGAAUCGAGAGACGCAUUUGUAAAAACUGUGAAUUCGGAAGAUUCGAAAGUGGCGUGUGAACACGAGGUAAAAGUGGAGGUUGAAGCUGAAACUGGGAAGUCGAAAGUGAUCGAAGAGAGUGGCACAGUGGAAAAUGAUGGGGCGGUGGUAAAAUCUUCGAGAAGGUUUACGCGAUCGGCAUUGAAACAAAAGAUGACAAAUGGUAAGUUGGAGUCGGAAACUUUUAAUUUGGAAGUUGAAAAUAGUAAUUCUGAGUUCCAGAAUGGUGAUGUGGAAAUGGUGAAUGGUGAUAUGGGGGAAUUGAAAGAGGUUACGGUGGGCUUGGAAGGUGAGGGUGGUUUGACUGUGUUCGGGAUUCCAACGGAAAAGUUGGAAAUGAAAAUUUCAAAGAAGAUUGAAGCUAGAGGGAGGCCAACGACGGUUAAGGAGCUUUUUGAGACUGGGUUGCUGGAGGGGUAUCCCGUUUUCUACAAUGGCGGCAAGAAGGGAAUUCCACUCAGGGGAACAAUCAAAGACAUUGGAAUAUUGUGUUCUUGCAGUAUGUGCAAAGGAUCCAGAGUUAUUACGCCUGGUAAUUUUGAGAUCCAUGCUUCUAAAUCAUACAGACGUGCGGCACAGUAUAUCUGCCUUGAGAAUGGAAAAAGCCUUCUUGAGGUAGUGAAGGAAUGUGGAAAAUCUCCUGUAAAGGCAUUGGAAGAAACAGUUCGGAGUUUCAUUGGUCCACUGCCAGUAAGAGAAUCCAUCAUUUGUCGGAAUUGCAAGGGGCUGUUUUUGGGGACACAUGUUGCAAAGGUGGAGCAACUUUGUGAUUCAUGUUUGAUUUUAGUGAAAUCAGAAGCCAGCCCAAAUACAAAAGCUUUAAAAACUAGGUCAUCAAAGCCAAUUUCUGGCUUCAAUUCCUCUACAAGUGCCAAAGUGCAUAUCUCUUCCCCAAACGAUAGUCAAGUGAUGACAAGAAGAAAGUCUAAGAAACCAGCUUGGGAUUUAAAGUCCCCUGUGAUUGCUCCAGUGCGUAUCACCUCACAAGAGAGGAGUCAAUUGAAGAUCAAAAAAAGGUCAUCCAGACCUGUGUCUGCUCCCAAGUACAAGACAAGUGCUUCAAUUCGCAUUUCACCACCAAAUAAGAGUCAGGGGAAGAUAUUAAAAAAAUUAUCAAACACCGUUUUGACUCUGGGGUCCUCGAAAAGUGCUUCUUUGGGCAUCUCUCCACAAACUAAGAGUAAAUGGAAGAUAACAACAAAAGAUCUGCGGAUGCAUAAGUUGGUGUUUGAGGAUGGUGGACUACCUGAUGGAACUGCAGUAGCGUAUUAUUCUCGUGGAAAGAAAUUGCUUGAUGGCUAUAAGAAAGGAUCUGGAAUAUUUUGUUCUUGCUGCAAUACUGAGGUCAGCCCAUCACAAUUCGAAGCUCAUGCUGGUUGGGCCUCCCGCAGAAAACCGUAUGGAUACAUUUACACGUCUAAUGGAGUCUCUCUUCAUGAAUUGGCAAUAUCUCUUUUAAAAGGUCGCAAGCAUUCUUCCAAAGAAAGUGAUGACCUAUGCAUCAUUUGUGCGGAUGGUGGGAAACUUGUGCUUUGUGAUGGAUGCCCAAGGGCCUUCCAUAAAGAAUGUGCGUCCUUAUCCAGUAUUCCUCGUGGUAAAUGGUUCUGUAAAUAUUGCCAAAACAUGUUCCAAAGGGAGAGAUUUGUGGAACACAAUGCCAAUGCUGUAGCGGCUGGGAGGGUUUCAGGAGUUGAUCCUAUAGAGCAGAUAACCAAGCGUUUGAUUCGCAUUGUCAAAAACCCAGAAGAAGCUGAAGUUAUUGCCUGUGUGUUAUGCAGAGGUUAUGAUUUUAGUAAAUCCGGAUUUGGUCCACGUACAGUGAUACUCUGUGAUCAGUGUGAGAAGGAAUAUCAUGUUGGCUGCUUGAAGAAACAUAAGAUGGCAGACUUUAAGGAAUUGCCAAAAGGGAAGUGGUUCUGUUGCAUGGAAUGCAGGAGGAUCUAUGUAGCAUUGCAGAAUUUGCUAAUUUCUGGAGCAGAAAAGCUCCCAGACUAUCUUUUGAAUGUUAUAAAGAAAAAGCACGAGGAAAAAGUUCUGGACAGUGUCCCUGAAUCUGAUGUGAGAUGGAGAGUUCUCAGUGGCAAAAUUGCUUCUCGUGAAACCAGAUUGUUACUUUCAGAGGCUGUUGCUAUCUUUCAUGAUUGCUUUGACCCUAUAGUUGAUUCAGUGACUGGACGUGAUUUUAUUCCAUCUAUGGUUUAUGGAAGGAACAUAAGGGGCCAAGACUUUGGAGGGAUGUAUUGUGCAAUAUUAACAGUAAACACGUCUGUUGUAUCAGCUGCAAUCUUCCGAGUUUUCGGACAGGACAUGGCAGAACUCCCUUUAGUUGCCACGUGUAAUGGUAAACAAGGCAAGGUGAGGUUGAUAUGCUUUCUUCGCAAGUCACACCCCCACACAUUCUGACCAUUCUUAAUGAGGAGCGAGAUUGAACUUCUCAUUUUAUGGGGAAUAUGCAUGCCCGAAUUGUCAAUUGAGCUUCUUUGUUGGUUGAUUAUAGAUCACAUACUCCAUCCCGUAAUGGCUGCUUGUGGAUUACAUUUUUGUUGGUAAAAAACUGAGCUUCUGAAAUUUUGAUAAGCAUGACUUCGUGCAAGCCCCUGCUAAACAAAAUUAUCUUUUCUUUUGAAUCUAGUAUUCAUCCACUUUGAAUGUAACUGAAAAGCUAUUUAAAAGAUGGGAAUGGAUUUAACUGCCUUUCCCUUAAACUUGUGUUCGACAGUGAAGAUGUUCACACUGAGAUGGAGUAAUAUUGAUGGAGGGGAGCCUGGGGGCGUACAGCUGUCAUCUCGUUUUUUCUCAAUCCAAGAAUACUGUUUCAAUACUGGCUUUGCACUUAACAAUUUGUUUCGACAUUGAGAUGGGAGAGUGCAAUUCACGUAGGAUUGUUAGAUUUUCUCCUGAUUGAUUGCAUGAUCAAUAUCUCCAAGUAGGAUUAAUAAGUAAAAUGGGGAUCCAAAACUAUACUAAAGAUUGGAGCUUUCUAUGUCGUCUUUUUUGUUGGUGCAACCUGAACAAUGCUUUAUGGAACUACUUGUACAGGGCUAUUUUCAGUUACUGUUCUCCUGCAUCGAGAAAUUGCUGGCAUUUUUGAAUGUAAGGACUGUCGUGCUACCAGCUGCUUAUGAAGCAGAGUCUAUAUGGACAGAUAAAUUUAAUUUCAGAAAAAUAUCUCCAGAACAGCUUAGCGACUACCGAAAAACCUGUUGGCAAAUGAUAACAUUCAAAGGAACAUCUAUGUUAGAAAAAAUGGUUCCCCAGUGUCGAAUUACUCGUCAAGAUGCCGCUGGUGUAGAUGUUCCCGUGGUGUGAGCAAGCAAAGUAAAUGAUCUUUUUGGAGCGGCUUUAGCGUCAAUUGUAGAUUGAAUGUGUAUAUUGUAGAGGUUUCAUUGUUUUAAUCUCAAGCGGUUGUCAACAAUACUAGAAAAGACACAUGUAGAGCAUACUUAGUAAAUUAUUAGGAAAGUAGAUUUACUUUUUUGCCUAUUCAUGGUAGGCAGUAAUUUUUUGUAUCUAAACAAUUUACACCAAACUCUGGAAAUAUUCAGGCAACCAGACGCUCAAAAAUGGCCAACAGCUCCAAAUUUGUCUAUUAGUUUCUCUGUUUUGUAUCUCUUAUUUGUAUUUUUGUUUUUCUCCUGCAAAAAGAGGAAAUGGCAGGAAAUAUUUGAACGAGUCAUUUUCCUGAUGGGUAUGAGAAUUACGGUUCUGUGUUUG